CCGAACCGCAUUCAGUAUGGAGCCCGCUGGAAAGUGGGGAAGGCUGCGGUACCCUCUGUAGAGCUGAUGUCAUUCAAGUUUUAUGUAGCUAACUAUGUGCUUACACAUAGGAGGAGGAAACAUGCCGAUGAACAGAUAACUACAAUGAAAAGGAGCGAAGAACUGAUCCCGGUCUGUGGAUAAAUCAUUCAUACGAUACGGUCAUGGCUGGACUGAUCAAGAAACAGAUCCUCAAGCAUCUUUCCAGGUUUGCUAAAAACCUGUCUCCAGAUAAGAUCAAUCUGAGCACUCUGAAAGGUGAGGGUCAGCUGACCAAUCUGGAGCUGGAUGAGGAGGUGCUGCAGAACAUGCUGGAUCUGCCCACCUGGCUGGCCAUCAACAAAGUCUGCUGUAACAAGGCUGCAAUUAGGAUUCCAUGGACCAAGCUGAAAACGCACCCAAUCACCCUGUCACUGGACAAAGUGGUGAUGGAAAUGAGCACCUGUGACGAGCCACGCCCACCCAACGGCCCGUCUCCCAUAGCAACAGCCUCAGGUCAAAGUGAGUAUGGUUUUGCUGAGAAGGUGGUAGAGGGCAUCUCUCUGUCUGUGAACUCUAUUGUGAUCAGGAUCAGUGCCAAGGCCUUCAAUGCUUCCUUCGAGCUCUCUCAACUGCAGGUUUACAGCGUCAACACCAGCUGGGUGGCCAGCGACCUGCGAUUCACACGAAUACUGGACCCUGCACGAGGAGAGAUCCUGACCUUUAAGGAGGUGAGCUGGCAGAUGAUCCGGAUUGAGGCGGAUGCCAUCCAGAGCUCUGAACAUGAGGUGCUCAGCGCCCCCAUACGCCUCAUCACCAACCAGUCCAAAAUCAGAGUCACACUAAAGAGGAGGAUGAAAGAUUGUAAUGUAGUGGCUUCUAAGCUGAUCCUGAUCCUGGAUGACCUGCUGUGGGUGCUGACGGACUCUCAGCUCAAAGCCAUGGUGCAGUAUGCCAAGUCUCUGAGCGAGGCCAUGGAGAAAUCAGCCCUGCAGAGAAAGAGCAUGGCUCCCGAAUCCUCUCAGGCAGCGCCAGCGCCCCCCUCUGCACAGCAGGUACACACACAGCAGGCCUCAGCCACACAAGACCAAAGUGCCUCUAUGGCUCGACUCUUCAACUCUUACAACGUGUGCGAGACCUCCCACCACCUGCAGAUCACACACCUUGACCUGCACAUCUGCGACGACAUCCAUGCCAAGGACAGAGAGAUCAAUAAGAGAAUUGAAGGUGGAGCCAUGCAGCUUUCUUUUAGUUCCAUCACCGUAGAUUACUACCCCUUCCAUAGAGCAGGUGAGGGUUGUCUGCACUGGAUGCACUACAGUGAUGCCACUAAAGCUCGUGAAGGCUGGGCUCGCUCUCUGCUGGAAGAGUUCAGGUCUAAUGUGGACAUGCUUAAAAACGCUGUCAGUGGCCAGUCACAAGGCUCCCCUCAGCACGGGAAAAUCUCCACCAGCUCUAGUAGUUCUUUCUCCCCACCACCCACACCAAGGACCCAGCUCAUGUCCAGCUCAAUAGUACUGCGAAUGGCGGACUUCAGUAUUUACCAGGUAUCAACAGCUGACCAGCGGCGCUCCAGUCCUAAAGCUAUGAUCUCCUGUAAUAAAAAGAGCUUGUACCUCCCCCAGGAGAUGCCUGCCAUCCAUGCUGAAUUCACUGAGUAUUACUUCCCUGAUGGCAAGGACUACCCCAUCCCGUGCCCUAACCUGUAUGUCCAGCUGAAUGCCCUGCAGCUGGUGGUGGAUGCACGCAGUCUGGUGUGGCUCAAUCUGUUCGCUCUGGACCUGCGCAAUAGCCUGGAGCAAUUCAUGGAGCUCUACAAGCUCAAUGACUCACAGAAACCCGAUGAGCAUGUGGAUGUCCGGGUGGACGGCCUCAUGCUAAAGUUGGUGAUCCCUGCCAACCAGGAGCAGCUCCAGCCAGAUAUGCCUCGCUCCGUAUCAGUGCAGACAUCUGAAAUGGUGGCCACCAACACUCGCCACUCUUCCGGCUGCUCCCGCUCUGACCUGGAGGCUCUGCUACAGGCCUUCCGGGAGCAAGCCUUCUUCACAUCCUCUUCCUCGUCCUUCCCCCGCAGCGCUGGCUCCUUUCCUGUGCUGCACCCAGUCUUCCAGAGGCACGCUCAUGAACAGGACACUCGCGUGCAUGAUGUGUACCGCGGCCUGGCUCCACCCUCACUCUCCACCCAUGCCCUCAAGACCCCCUCGGCCACCGACCUGUGGUCGCUGCACUUCUCCCAGUUCUGGGUGGACUAUGAGGGCCGUGGCCGUCCCACUCCGUGUGUGGACUCCUUCCCCCUCACCCUGUGGGUGUGCAGGCCAGCCUACCAUGCCCAGCACCAACGCAGACUCAAAGCUGCCGCUCUGCCCCGCAGCGAGUCAGCCAGUGAGAUGGCCAGUCGGCUGCAAAGGAAGAAGCUGCUGAAGGAGUAUUACAGUGCCGAGGCAUCCUCGAACAAUUCUUACAGCAAUGGCCUCCGCAAACCCCAUUCUCUUGAUGGCCUGAGUUGUCCCAACCCUUCCUCCUUUUCCUUAUCUUCUACAUUCUCUUCCUCAGAAGAUGAAGAGGCUGAUCUGCAGGUGCUGGUGUAUGUGCAGAAGCCACUAAGUGCUCAGGUGAGCCACAACCAGUAUGUGUUCCUGCUGCGCCUGCAGCAAACUGUAAAGUCACUCCAGCGCACCCUGCAGCAGGACCUGGAGCAGCAUGGCUCCAAGCUGAAGGAGAGCACUGGCCGACCCUUCAGCACCAGUGUUGGCCUCCUCAUGCGAAGUGCAGAGGUUUCCCUGCUGCUGAAGCCUGUGGCAAACCCACUGGACUCUGAACUCUCGGGGAGCAGAGCCACUCUGGAAGCUAGCAACAGCGAAGCAGGAGAGGGCCCGGUUGACACAGUCAAGGCUAAGCCCACAUGUCCUGUGGACCAGCUCCUGUGUGUAGGCGCAGAAACACAAAGCCAGAACGUUCCACCUCUCCUCCCGUCCUCCAUCCCUUCCUCAUCUGAAAGGAAAGGAUACACCGAGGAGAGGUCAGGCUCAGAGGAGAAAAAAGAUGGAGGAGAGGAGUCUCAAGAGGCUGAAGGGUCCAAAGCAGAACCUAAAGUCCAGCAGAGUGAGGCUUUGCUGGGCAGGACUGUGGUGGCAGACCCACAGAGUGACCCACUCUCCAAGGACUGGAAUGACAAGAGUCAGGGAGCCAGACUACCUCAGUCUAUAUCCAGGAAAGGCAGUUUGUCAGUGGUCUCUGACCUCUUGACCUCCACACACACCAGGUCUACCUCCUUAUAUUCCAUAUCCAGCAUCGGGCGUCUGAUGCGGGACCGGUCUCAAUCCAGUUUCUCAGUGUCCUACAAGAAUAUGAAGAAGAGUCCCUCUCUCCAGUCUCUGGAUAACAUCUCCAUAGACAGCUAUUCACUGGAGGACUGUGACUCAUACAGCCUGAUGGAGAGAGACGACAUAUCCAUCUCUGGCUUUAAAGCCCCUCUGAGUGAGCCGACGGCUCCAGAGCGAGCCACUGAGGUGCUGGUGCAGGAUGGAGAUGAUGCCCAGUCUCCAGAUGCAGUCAGUGCCACCUCACAGAGCAUCGAUGAGCCCACCAAAGACCUGGUCUCGGUGCUAGUGCUGAAGGUGCAUUCUGUGUGUGGCUCUCUGGACCUGAGAGGUGAUAACACUGCAGUGGCUCUGGAGGUGGGGCAGGUCCGGCCCAAUCAGCUGGGCAAUGUCAGUCUACGCCAGUAUCUUAGCAACCGCAGCCUCAACUCUGGCUCAGGCCAGGACCCCUACAGUCAGCAGCUGAGCCCAGAAGUGUGUAUUAGGCUGGAGAGUGGUCCAGGGGCCGCAGCUCACUCUCCUCUGGCUGAACAUAACGGCUUCCUGCAGUGCCACCUACAGUCCUUCAGUGCCGACUUCCUCAUGACAUCACUGCGAAACCUCGCCAUCUUCCUGGAGGAUGACUCCGCCUCCCAAGUCCUCCCUAUGGAGAUCACCAUCAAAGAUACACAUGUGAACUUGAAGGAUGAUGGCCCUCGGGACAACCCCUCAGAGCCAGAGACCACCCCCAUUUCCCUGCACAUCCACAAUCUCCUUGUGCACCGCAGAGAUGAUGGCUCUUUCCACAUCGGAGUUGAGCGUGCUGCAGAGCCUCAGAAGGCGGGGCCUGUGAAUGACAGCAGGCUCAGUUCUGUCCCUGAAGUUCCUGUGGGCGUGGCCUGUGAGCCGAAAGCCACUCAGACUGCACCUCUGUCACCCACAAGCCCCAUUCCCGCCAGUAGAGAAAAGAUGCUGGUAGAGGAGAACGAAUGCUUGAAGCAGGAGCUCUCCAGAACCAAGAUGGCACUCGCCGAGGCCCAGAUGGAGAAAGACUCGCUCCUGCACCACAUGAAGGGCCUCAAACUCAACAGUGGGGGCAGCACCAGCUAGCAGUUGUGUGUGUGUCUGUGUGUGUGUCUGUGUGUGUGUCUGUGUGUGUGUCUGUGUGUGUGUCUGUGUGUGUGUGUGUGUGUGUGUGUAGGACUGACACCAGCCACAUGGGGACAGCAGAGAGUUUGGAGGAGCCCGGCGCCGAAGGCUGGCCCAGUGUGUGGGGUCCACACACUGCAGUCAGUAGACUCUGUGAUCUAUAGGGAGAGGAACCUCCAGUAAACAGGCACGGAGCUGUACUGAAACGGCCCAGUGAGACAGCUUGCUUUAAAGGCUGUCAUUUUUUUGCUCUCAUCCCCCCAUCUUUCUCUUCAUCUUUUCACUUUCUGAUGGACUGCUUGUCCAUUUUUUUUUUUUUUCCCUGACAGUUUGAAAAUGUCAGCUCAGUUGCUCCGUCUGAGGGUCACCCGCACGACCCCACCGACAAAGACACAGACAAACUCUGGGGAGCACAUUCCAUAUUCAUAGGCUCAGCCCGUGGACACUUUUAGUCUUACAAGUUGAGUUAACUCUGAAUGUCAUAUCUUUUAAAAGAAUGUCUUAAAAUAAACUUAAAAAGACAGUUUGCACAGCACUUAACUAUCAUGUACUCAAAGCUGUUGAGCUGUAUUGUGUUUGUGUGUACAGUAGGGACAACGCAAAGGAAUGUUUUGUACAGAAUUUUGAAUGGUGUUCUUGUGUAAGUGUGAGUGUGUGGGUGACAGUGUCGGAGGGUGGGCAACUUUUUUUACGUUGUUUUAUUACACCCAAAACGUUUUCCUAAACGUUUAUGGUCACACUACAGUAAUUUUCAUAAUGCAAUAUUGCACUCAGCUGUUGAUUCUUUGCAUAGACAUAGAAGUAUGUGUUGAAAAGGCUAGGAAAGCAGCACUUUGCUAACUGUAGUGAUUAGAGAUGGCACGAUUGCCCCCCCCCCCCCCCCCCCCCCCAAAUCCAAUAUACCGAAACCUCAAGAAUUGUGUGAUAUCGAGCUGAUAUUGUUUUCUCUUUAAAAAGUAAACUUUAACUCUUUUACGUGAAGCACAUCACUUCAGAUGAACAUUUAAAUGUAGGCCAUCAUGACCAAAUACUCAACCACUCCUACCAAAUCAUAGAUCACGUUAACCGUGUCUCAAAGCCAAGGAUGCAGACGAGGAAGGCAGCUGUUAUGUCUGGAGGCGUCUCGUUUUGUAAGAUUGUGUUUGAAUGCGACAGAAAAAAAGCAGUUUUCAUUACAGAGUACGUGAAGGACUCAGCUGGAGCAUCCUUCAAGACCUUUAAUCACCCACAAUCCUUCACGUGCAGUGCUAAACUAUUUGCUAACGACAGAAAAGCAGAUGGAAAUUUGCAGCAGCAGUUUGUAAGGCAUGACCUGUUGAUACAGCUUUCUCAGACUGUCUUGAAAUUGCCCGUCUUUGUUUAGCAGUGCUUGGAAGGUCUCUCCUACCUCAACUGCAGCCUUUACUUUGAGACACGCCUGCCACAUAGAUGAGUGCUAUUUCAGGAUAGAUUUGUGACUGAAUCGGAUAGGAUUCAUUCCCCCCCCUCUUCGAUAACCGAUUCUGCUGAAAUUGGGUUGAUGUGAUCUCCAUCAAUACUGAAAUGCCAUCUCGAGUAGUAACAUUUAGGUAGCGUUUUUCUGCGGUCAUAGAAGAGAGCUUGUGUGCUAAUGUUCUGUGUGUCGAACGACACACUUUCGUUUAGUUAGUUUUAUAUGGGCUGAAGUGCUGCACAGUGUUUGCAGUUCUCAUGCUAUGUGAGCAUUGUACCUGUGUAAUUCUCAGUGGAGACUCUAACAAUGAGACCGUUGGGUUCUUGUAAUGAACCCACCAGCGUUUCUUUCCACGUCUUGCCUGUGGAGACUUUAACGCAUUGGACAGAAGUACCACAUCAUUAUAAAGUUAAAAACUUUACCAAAACCUGAUUUCAUUUCAUUAGAGAAUGUAAUAAGGCUGUAUUCAAUUUGCUUAAUUGGCUCAUUCGCUUGUUUAUGAGGACACAAGGCCACUGUUUUUAUGUACAGUAGUGUGGGUCUACUUAGAAAUGCCUGGUUUAGACCAAAGCCCCAGUCUGUACCACCUCCUUCUCUCUCUUUCUCUAUCCCUCUCCCCAUCCCUUGUUUCUCACAGCAGCCUGUACAAGUGCCUGUCACUGCGCACCCUCUCCAGGAGCCUGGCUAUCCAUCCCUCUUCUGAAUGUGUGCUCCAGUCCUUUCAUCAGGCUCGUCUUCUCCCAUUCGGUGGGAAAACUGUGUCCACCAACAUCCAACCCAGAGAGCCAGACUAACAAACACAUUGAUUGUGCAAAAGCUAAAGGGGUUAUAUGUGACCCUUUCCUUCCUCCUGUAGUGUGGCUCCUGCCUCCUCAUCACCACAGCCCAUCCUCAGUCCGAACAAAAUCUGCCUACAAUCCCGUGAGCUCCACCCACCGAGCACAAACGUAAAAUGUAACGAUGAAACAAGCAAACUUGUAAAAUAAUUGAAUAUGUAAAAGCUGCUGAAACAAGUGAAAUAAAAGAAUAAAAUGAAGUCUUUCUAAAAUCUGGCUA